AUGCCCUCGGAAUGGGAUCGGCCACAUAUGCGUUGGACACUUCGGCUCGAAUAUGUGCUCUCUGAUAGGACUGCUCUCGACGCCUUCAGAGACUGGCUGGCAGCAAAUUCCAACCCGCAGCCUCUGGAGCUACACUUUGCCGUGCUCGCGUAUGACAGGAUGUCAGCUCAGCGAAAUGCACAAACCGCUGAUUUGGCCAAGUCGAUCUACCAGAAAUACAUCUCUGUUCGGACUGCUUCCAGUUGCUUCAAUUUCAUACCCCACAAGCUGCGGCAAGAGAUUGGUAUCCGGCUGAAGCAAACUGGCUCCGCUUUUCCGGACGCUCGGCUCUUUUCGCCUAUAUUGCCAUAUCUGGAUUCAUUUCUGCGGCAACAACACGAACAGUUCGUUUGCUCCGAAGAGUUCCUGGACGCAUUCAACCGGGUGAACAUGGGAGUUGAGGAAGCUGGCGACAAUAUAUCAGAGCGUCGUCGUUCCAGCGGAAGCAAGAAACCGCAGCUCACUGCAGAAAUGUUGAUGAAGUCUCGGCAUGAUCGGGAGCAUGUCUUAGGAGAGAGUUCAUUGGAAAAGAUGUAUCCGACGUCUGCCAUGCCUCGUCCCUACGUUUGUCAUGCAACAACCAGCCAAAACGACAGUGCAGUCUCGUCGUCAUUUUCAUCCGACGCCAACGGGCAUCGUCCAGCACGGCUGCGAAGUAUUCGAGAGGAACAUCUACGAGGGAAUCCGACAACAUUCGCCAUCCCACGUGUCGAACAUCAUCCGAAGGCCGACACGAUGCAAUUUGAUCACAACACCGAGGAGGGAAGAAAAGUGUUUGCUGCGGUACUGUUCAAGAAGCUGAACCGAGUGCAAGCAAGACGCGAACGAAACGAUGAAACCGAACGACAACUACGAGAUAUUGAAGAUAGGAAGUGUACGACUCUUGAUCUCGUGUCGACAUCCGAAGCUGCGCACGAUGUUGCAUGCGAUGAUGAUGAUGAUGUGGAGUGUUAUCUUGAAAGAAUGAGAGAAGAUAGUUUGAAAGCUUCUGCAAAUCGAUCUCCUCGUCAUAGCGCACUUUCACCUAGACCUUUUUCGCCUGAACGUGACCGCAGUAAAGCUUGUGGUGUUAGCGGUGCAACAAUGGGUAUAAUGUCUGUUUCGAUGUCAACUUAUCCUCGAUCAUCGAAUCAGUUCGCACCGCCACCUUUGCCCAACUCGUUCAAUAUCUCUGGCGUGUUUUAUAAGGAGAACAGACCUGCAAAUCAGACGGCUCCACUCUACGAUUCCUCUGGAGUGGGUUCCAUGGCCCCGUCGGCAUUUUCCGAUACUUCUCGAGGUUCGCGUCGUAUGCCUAUGGUCAUUCCUCCAGCCCUUGCUACUCCUCGACGAACGCGCCGAUCCCUUCCGUCGACAGGGCAGCAACUAAUUACUAUAUCGUACAAAGGUAUCGAUGGAGUUCCAGUUGUAGCGCAUGUCCCAGUACCCCCAGGUGGGAUAACUCUGAAAGAAUUCCGACGACAUUUUUCCAUUUCUUCACAUGCUAAUGUACAAUUCUUCUUCAAAACAACAUGCGAAGAUGGAUCUGCUCCUUACCAGUUACUUCUGGUUAAUGACGAUUCUGCUUAUCUUCCCAUUUUCGAAGGAAGAAUCACAGCCGAGCUAAAGAGGAUUUCUCCUGAAUGAUUUACGGCAUUUGAUGUGCUUUGUUACUAGGACUUAUAGCGCUCUUCUCCCCUCUAUUUCUAGUUGCCCUUUUAGUGGAUCUCGUUUAAAUAGAUUGAAGUUCUUUCACAACUUGCUCGACCGCUUGCCUAUCAUUCGCUUACUAAUCUGCCUUUUAUUAACGCUUUCCGCUUUUCAUCUUAGUGCCUUGCUCUCUUGAGCAACUCAAGCUGAUUACUAGUGCAUGAAUUUUGGGCAGCUUUGAUACUCAGAACUUCAAAUUCUCUUCCUAAUCGUAUCACGUGUAUACCUCCCUUAUCCCGAGUGUACUAUGUAGUGGCGGUUUUCUUGUCACAGAAUUCAGUGCUCACAGACAUCUGCUCAAGUGCCAAAAUGCGUUUAGAAUGCAUUUAAUGUUGAACGAAUGAAGUUUUUAUUUUGU